UAGUAUUCAAAUAUAUUUGUAGAUGUUCUACUAAAAAUUACACAAGUCGGUCUCAUUUCCGUCUUGAAUUUAUAACGCGAAACUCAUAACUAGUGAGUGUUACGUGCAGUCAAUAUGACAUCCAAAGUAUCGCGUGACACUCUUUACGAAUGUGUCAAUGGAGUUUUGACACGAUCCAAGAUUAAGAAACGUAGAUUUUUGGAAACUGUGGAAAUCCAAAUUGGUUUGAAGAAUUAUGAUCCACAAAAGGACAAACGUUUCUCUGGAACCGUUAAGCUAAAGCAUAUUCCACGACCAAAAAUGCAAGUAUGUGUUCUUGGAGAUCAACAACAUUGUGACGAAGCCAAAGCCAACGGUAUUCCAUUCAUGGAUGUUGAAGCAUUAAAGAAAUUAAACAAAAAUAAAAAAUUGGUGAAGAAACUAGCAAAGAAAUACGAUGCAUUUUUGGCUAGUGAAGCUUUAAUCAAACAAAUUCCACGUUUAUUGGGUCCAGGUUUAAAUAAAGCUGGUAAAUUCCCUGGUUUAUUAUCGCAUCAAGAAUCAAUGACACAAAAAAUUGAUGAAGUUAAAGCCACCAUCAAAUUCCAGAUGAAAAAAGUAUUGUGUCUUUCUGUAGCUGUAGGUCACGUUGGUAUGCCUCCAGAUGAGUUGGUUCAAAACGUACAUUUAUCAAUUAACUUUUUGGUAUCAUUGUUGAAAAAACAUUGGCAAAAUGUUCGAUCACUUCAUGUAAAAUCAUCAAUGGGACCACCACAACGUUUAUAUUAAAUUUUUAUGUCAAUUUAAUAUAUAUUUAAUAAAAAUUUGAAAAAUUGA